UACUCCACUCGAGAGGGAGACAUGGCGGCGUCCCUGAUCUGCGGCCGUUUGACGGCUGGCCUGAGAAAUUCAGGGGUCAGAAACACCAUCAGCUCCGCUUCCAAGGUUCUCGGAGGUACUUCGGGUCUGUUCGGGAGCCAUGUGUCCCAGCUGCAGCAGCAGAGGAACCUCUCCCUACACGAGUACAUGAGCCUCGGGUUGCUGAAGGAGGCCGGCAUUGCUGUGCCAGAGGGCAUGGUGGCCAGCUCCCCCGAGGAGGCCUACGCUGUGGCCAAGCAGAUCACUUCAAAGGACCUGGUGGUGAAAGCUCAGGUGCUGGCUGGUGGCAGAGGAAAAGGGACGUUUGAGGGCGGACUGAAGGGAGGAGUGAGGAUCGUCUACUCGCCAGAAGAGGCCCGAGACAUUUCAUCCCAGAUGAUUGGUCGAAAGCUGUACACCAAGCAGACCGGGGAAGCGGGUCGUAUCUGCAACCAGGUGUUCGUAUGCGAGCGCAGGUAUCCACGCAGAGAGUACUACUUUGCCAUCGCCAUGGAGAGGUCCUUCCAGGGCCCCGUGUUGAUUGGCAGCUCGCAGGGGGGCGUGAACAUCGAAGAUGUCGCGGCCGAAAAUCCAGACGCCAUUGUGAAGGAGCCAAUCGACAUUGUGGAGGGCAUCAAGAUGGAGCAGGCUGUCAAGGUAGCUCAGAAGAUGGGCUUCCCGUCUGCGGUGGUGAACGAGGCGGCGGAGAACAUGAUCAAACUGUACAAUGUGUUCAUCAAGUACGACGCUUCCAUGCUCGAGAUCAACCCCAUGGUGGAGGACGCCUCUGGACUGGUGAUGUGCAUGGACGCCAAGAUCAACUUCGACUCCAACGCAGAGUACCGGCAGAAGAUGGUGUUCGCCAUGCAGGACUGGACCCAGGAGGACCCCCGGGACCAGCAGGCCGCCAAGGCCGACCUGAACUACAUCGGCCUGGAUGGAAGCAUCGGCUGUCUGGUUAACGGAGCGGGUCUGGCCAUGGCCACCAUGGACAUCAUCAAGCUGCACGGCGGCACACCGGCCAACUUCCUGGAUGUAGGAGGAGGAGCCACAGCUCAUCAGGUGACCGAGGCCUUCAAACUCAUCACCUCUGACAGGAAGGUUCAGGCCAUCCUGGUCAACAUCUUCGGAGGCAUCAUGAGGUGUGACGUCAUCGCCCAGGGCAUCAUCAUAGCUGUAAGCGAACUGGAAAUCAAGAUCCCCAUCGUAGUGCGAUUACAAGGGACGAGGGUGGACGAUGCCAAAGCUCUGAUCGCUGCUAGUCCGCUGAAAAUCCUGGCCUGUGACGACCUGGACGAGGCUGCCAAAAUGGUUGUAAAGCUUUCUGAAAUCGUCUCGCUGGCCAAGGAAGCUCAAGUGGACAUCACCUUCCAGCUGCCCAUCUAAGAACGAAACCUUGACCGACAUGACUUCCUCACCCAAACACCUCCUCCAUCGCACCCGCUCGCCACUCCACCCCAAUAAACCGACAGCAAGACGAGCCUCUCGCACCUGAGAGGAGAUCAAAGACGCGUAGUUUUCUCUUUCUUUUGCUGCGGCAUGAUGGCAUGACUCUGUCCUGGUGUCCAACCGUAGAGCGCAACAGCUUUCACUCAGAGAGCGAGAGCAGCCUCCUUCUUAGUCCCGCCCUCAAGCCCUCCUCGUUUCCUCCAACCUACAAACUUAAGUUGCACUUGAGUCGAUACGCACAAACCUCCACUCUCAACUCCUUCACACACAGUGAACCGUUCUGUUUAGUUCUUGCUGGGUAAUGUUACUUCGCCCCUUUAUUAACUUUUUAGAAGAAUAAAAGCAGAGCAGCUGAAACCUUUUCAAGCCGCGUUCACCGGCAGUAUUUAGUGUUUUCAGUUGGGGUCAAAUGAAUUGACUGCUGAUUGUCGUUACAUCAAGUUUGACUGAAAAGGCAUCAGGAUGACUGUAAUCACACUACUUUCUUUAACGCACACAGUUUUGUACGAGUGCCUUUUCAGUGUGUUGUCUCAAAGAAUAAAAAUCUAAUUUCAUCGAACACAAAAGUUGCGUCAGAGAAUGAGCAGUUUUCCCCCCUGAAGACGCCGCCAUGUUAUUGUUCUUCCUCCUGUAGACGGAAGUGUUCAGCAGCCGGUUCCUACUGGUCAAAGAAAAGCAUCUGAAUAUUAAGAAUUAUUAUAAAUUAAAUUAUUAUUAUUACAAAUAUUAGAUUUUCAGUGUUGGUGGUUCAGCCGGACGACAGCAAACCUCCGGCAUGAAGUCGUGAUGGAUGAAGACGCUGUUUGCCCUCCGCUUUGAUCUCGCCACAUUUGUCCAUCUGUAGUCCGAGAUGUGGCGCCGGUGGCCCGCGGCCUAUUGGUCCGUGCACGGAUCUGUGGCCAGUAUUGAUGGAGGGGAGUUUUUCGUGCGGUCGUGUAGGAACAGAGGUGACGCGUGUCUGAUUUAUGAUGAUUUAAAACCAGUCAAAUGAAUUAUUCAGUGUUCCCGCUCCCCAGAGAAAAGCCCCGAGGGAGGAACUCAAAAGUCGAAGCCGCGCGGUGUGAUGUCCCGAGUCCACUUUGUCUCCCGCUCCGUUAAAUAAGGAAACUCACUCGUCUCGGCGCCAUCGCAGGAUUGGAGAUGUGUUGACCGCUGGCCUGCUUAAGUGGAGCGUGCGUUAUCCUGUUAGCCAAUGAGGGCGCACUAGGCUGAGGUGCAGGCGGACGCUCGUGAGUCGCAUCUGUUUCUCCACCCACCGGUUAACACGAUGCGCUUGGCGAGUGGUUAGGUUGGCCCUCUUUUUAAAGAACUACUGCCAGGUUUUUUUUCCCUUUUGCGUGACUAAAGUUACAAGAAAUGCUGGAGAUCUGUGUUCAUGCUUAUUUAUUGUGUCCUGAGUCCCGUUGGUUGAACAGGGACGUCCACAAUGGCUUCCACGGUACCUUCAGUCUGCCAUCAUGCCACACACCGGGAGACAUUUCCUCUUUCUUUGUUUCUGGAUGUAAUAUUGAACCUUUGGCCGCCUGUGACCUCUCACACGAACGAGAGAAUGACUAGUGAUUUCUUUCCCCUCCUCCUCUUCCUCCUCCUCCUCCUCCAAGCAACAUUGUGAGCUGUACAUCAAUUGUUAUAUCUUGUAAAUAACCAAACUGAUGUUCUCUCACUGUACCAUAUUUAUGCUCCUUCCAAGGGGUAAAUACAAAGGAAGAAAACAAAUAAAUACAGAGAACACCAA